UACGAGGUAUUGCACUUCGAUCACCGAUAUGUAUGUUUCAGGUCCAGUAUGGUAUCCCAUAGUAGGUAACUUUCAUAUUUUAAAAAGUCUAUCGAAAUCAGAAGGAGGACAACACAAAGCUUUUGCAAAAUUAUCGAAAAUUUAUAACUCGAAUAUAAUAGGAUUGAAGUUGGGAACAGAAAAAUUAGUUGUUGUGUCAUCUUUUGAUUUAAUAAAAGAAGUUGCCUACGGACACGAAUUUAAUGGUAGGCCAAGAAAUUUUUUCUUAAAGCUUCGAUCUAUGGGUACGAGAAAAGGUAUUGUUGGAACUGAUGGAGAACAUUGGAAAAUACAGAGACAUUUUGUAGUCACUCAUCUUCGAUCUCUCGGUUUUGGUCUGAAAACUAUGGAUGAUAUGGUUCGAGAAGAAGUCACCGAACUACUAUCAAUUUUAAAACAAAGCAAAGAGAAUGAAAUUAAAAUAGUACCGAUCAUCUCAGUGUCCGUAUUGAAUGUUUUAUGGAGAUCAUUGAGUGGGUCUAGAUUAGAUCGCUCUGAUCCAAAUCUUCAGUAUUUGUUGGAUUUAUUGGAUAAAAGGGCGUUGGCCUUUAAUAUGGCAGGAGGAGUGUUGAACACGUUUCCUUGGUUAAGAUUCAUAUCCCCCGAAAAAUCCGGAUAUAAUUUAGUUAUUGAAUUGAAUAAAGAACUCAAAGCUCUACUAAUGAAAACUAUAAACGCACAUUAUGAAACUUGGACAGACGGAAGAGAUGAUGAUUUGAUAUAUUCCUUUAUCUCAGAAAUGAAAAAAAGUAAUGGAGCUCCAACAACAUUUACAGAGGAUCAGUUGUUGAUGGUAUGUUUGGAUAUAUUUAUAGCUGGUUCUCAAACAACAAGUAAUACUUUAGAUUUUGCCAUAAUGAUGAUGAUAUUGUACCCAGAAAUACAAGAAAAAGUUAGAAAUACUUUGAAUGAAGCUUUCGAUAAAACAGAACAUAUAAGCUACAAUUGCAGAGGAAGGGUGCCUUAUAUAGAAGCAGUUAUCAGUGAGGUUCAGAGGUAUUGUCACGUUAUACCUGUUAGUGGACCAAAACGAACUGUCAAAGAUGCAAUUUUAGGAGGAUAUCGUAUUCCUAAGGAUACUACUUUGCUAUUCAGCUUUUAUUCCAUAAAUAAUGACGAAAGUUAUUGGAAAGAUCCAGAAGUGUUUAGACCGGAGAGAUUUUUAGAUAGUGAAGGCAGACUGUCAGUUCCUGAACGAUUUGCACCCUAUGGAUUCGGAUUAAGAAGAUGCAUAGGAGAAGUAUUAGCGAGGACCAGUAUAUUCACUAUUUUCGGCGAAAUUUUAAGGAACUACAUGAUCGUGGAAGCAACUGGAUCGCAAAAACCCACAGAAAUAUUUGUUUCCGGAAUUACGCUGAUUCCAAAACAAUACGAAGCAAAAUUCAUUAGAAUCUCUCACUGAUUUCACCGAAUUUGAAAAUAUACAGAGUAGCGCGAAACGAGUUGUCAUGUUGUCACAGUGAACAGUAUUUCGCGAAGAUAACCUCUUAGCACCUCUUACUAAGAGCCGAGUUUUAGCAAUGGUACCGUGGAUGAUGGAGUGUGUAUUUAGUUGAUUUAAUAUUUUAAAAACGAUUUUUUCUUCAGCCAAUGGACAAUUCCAAAUCGAUACUCCUAUAGGGUGAAACAUUUUGAACUGACGGAUAAGUCAAGAAGAAGAAACAAUAUGUUCGCCCCUUUUCGGUUGGACACCAAGCAAUAUUGAAACAUUGAAAUGAGUGAUGUUUAAUAGACAGUACGAGGGUGGUUUAAAUAUAAACUUGAAUUUUGCUAUAAAACGUUUAUUAUGUUGCAGAGCUGAUUUUUUUUACACUUUUUUAGACAAUACUCAUCACACUUUACACACUUUUACCAUGUCUCCGGAAGCUUUUGGGCUGCCUUUUUCGUAAAAAUAACAGUCACAUGGCGAUAAAUCAGGACUGUAAUAAGGGUAUUACGUUUUACCCAAUUCGUUUAAUUUUUCCGAGCUGUAUGCGGUCUGGUGUUGUCUUACAGCAAUCUGGCACUACAGAUUGGAUUAUCGCUUCAUUUUGAUCCGUAAACAGAUUUCACCGUAUUUUUAGGGGGUUGCUAUAAUACUGCACUUUCACUUUUCGUUUUUCAUUAAGAAAACAUGUCCCAAAACACUGGACAUAGCACAUUUCUUACUGACAGUGUACACUCCGGAAUAUAGUGGUGUAUUCAAGUCUCGUCUGUGGUGACUAAUCGAUGCAAUAAAUUUUCUUCUACCUCUUCAUACCGCUGCAGGAGACGCGUGCAAGCUUCCCAGGAAGAGAAUUUCUCAAAAUUCAGAAGUAAUGGCACCCAUCUGGCUAAAAUAUUGCGGUAACCAAUCCGUUCUUGAAUUAUUUGUUCAAUAUUAUCUACGUUGAUGCCCAAUUCUUCAGCCAUAUCGCGUACAGUACUGCGUCGAUCUGCUGAAAUGAGUCACCACUUCUCGGCCUUUUUUGGAAAGCGGAACAUCAUUUAUAUACUUCAAACUUAGAGAGGCACUAAUCUUCGAGUUGUUCAAUUAAUUUUCGAUAAAUUUCUGAGGAUUUUUCUUUAUCUUUGACCAAAAAUCGUCAUCUUUUUACCUCAUGACUAUAAGUACCCUAAAAAACGAAGUUAUGCAGUCCCGGCUAAUCUCUAAGCUUCAUAACAGACUAGUUAAACAUCCCGUAGGUUCACUAGACGCCGAGCUUCAUCUCUACAUAUCCAUACCUAGAACGUUUUCUCAUAUUUCAUCUCAAUAUAGUAAUUCUACAAGUGGUAAAGGAAUUUGUACUGCUGAGACAAUUAACUAUUCAUUUUUACUAAUGAUCCUGCGGUGAAGCGGUGAAAGCAUCAAUAUUUGAAGAUGUUUUCUUGACAAGAAAUUUCCCGUUUCGGCGAUGCUCCUUGGCUCUCAUUUUCUGUAGACUUGUUUCCAUACUACUUUUGCGAAGCUAACUUGAGUCUAAAGUGUACAACUAAUUAACCUUGUAUUCUACAAAAACUGAAAAUUGCUAUUCGUCAAGAAAUCUCAAAAGUAUCAGAAGAAAUUAUUUUAAGCGUGAUGUACAAUUGGAGGUGUGAGGAGAUCUUGAGUCGGAGAGACAUUUGAUCAUUUUAUUAAUUUAUUUAUUUUAGCUGUAACUAAAACAAAAGUUUUGAAAAUAAAUAAUAUUAUGUUUAUGUGAAAAAGGUGCGUUUUCUCUACGCUACCCUGUAUAAGAAUGAUCCGCUGAAGUCAGUAUUUCUCUCCAUGGAAAACAUAUUAAAUGGAAGUCAUAUGAAUGAUAUUGUAGAUUAGAUUUUAUAUUUACUCAUUUAUAGCCAUUUCCUUCAACUUAUUCU